CCAUGUUAAAAGAAAUGGCUGGGGGAAGAACAUCCUUGUGCGGCCUCCCCCCCUACGUGUGAGGACGCCGCCACUGCGAAUUUCCUUUCACUUAGAGGAUAGCCCAUCUUCGCAAGAUGCAUCUUCUUUAAACUUUAGUCUUCGUUCUUCAGCAGUCAAUGACUAGCCACAAUGCAAGGUGUUAGUGUGUUAUUGUUUUUAGGUCUCCUGGCAAAAUGGUCUUGCAGCGCGGUGUUCCUCAAUCAUCGGCCAUUUCCCACCUACAGCUUGGAAAAUAUGCCCAACACUCAGUUCAGUUGCAGAGAGAAAAUUUUAGGAGGUUACUACGCUGAUCCGGACACACAAUGCCAGAUGUUCCACGUUUGUGUUAAAGUUGCUGGAAUUGGGGUUCAAGACUUCCGUUUCCUCUGUCCGAACGGUACUGCCUUUGACCAAGAUCAUCAGAUUUGCGCCGAUUGGGAGGACGUAGAUUGUGAUGCAACUACCUUGUACUAUUCCAGCGACAACUUCGACCUUUAUCGAGUUGGAUCAGGUUUUGAAUCCAAAGCUCACAAAUACGGCGAAGAUGAAGAAACCUUUGCACUCCAGCGUGCCGAAACAGGAGACGCUAGAAUCAACAGGGAACCUCAAACUAAAGUCGUCAACCAACAACGAGACUACCAAAGGACACAGCCAAAAUACAAUAAUUUCAAUAAUAACAACAACAAUCAAGAAAAGGACAUUUUCAAAGCCUCCAGUUCUUCAAACUUUUUCAAUAACAGAAAUAAUGGAAAAGAAAAUGAUGAAGAUUAUGAUGAUAACAUAAAUGUAAAUCAAAAUCGAGACUACGAACAGAAACGUAAAGUUGUAAGGAAACAACAGAGAAGACCUGUGCAACAACCAAGUCAACAGCAAAAUCAACAACAACAAACCCCUGAGCCAGCACAAGCUCAAACAAGAAGGCCUCAAAGACCCACAGGAUUUGUUAACAAUUUUGCUGGAAGUAGUUAUGCAACUUCCACUCAAAGGGCUGUUUCAAGUACUGCCAACAAUGAACAAUUUACUACUGCUGCUGUUAAUAAUUUUAGAAGGGGACAAAGACAAAGGAACAAUUCCCCAUCAAGUAGUCCAAGUACCAAUCCACCCACUCCAACAUACAGCAUUAGUACCCCAGCACCUUUCAGACAGAGUCCUGUUAAUAAUGGUCAGUACUAUACAAGUAGUUCCACUGAAAAUUAUCCUCAGUCAAGGGCCACUAACUCACCUGUGAACUAUAAUACAAAUAAUUAUGAUGUACCAAAAAUCACUAAACUUCAAACAGAAAAUUACCCAUCCAAUAAUCCUCAAUAUAGUAAUAAACAAACGACUCCAUUCGUCAACUCGCCAGCCUUUGAGAAAAAACCCACCAAUUUCAAAAAAAUCGACAACUUUAAACCAACAACUUUCUCACCAAAUGCCAAGCCAUUUAGCUUUCCUAUCAGCCAAAAUACUCCACAAACCACUCAAAAUUUCCCCACAACUUUUGCGCCAAGAACUCAGCAAGCCUAUACUCAAAUAGCUCAGCAAACUCAGAAGAGUCAGAAUCCUACCACAUUUAAUAGUCCCAGUAGUACAUUUAACAAUCAACAAAAAACAACUUUUGCGCAACAGCAGUUCAGCACUACUCUCAGACCUACUAGCUUCACUCAGUACACUCCAACUGUCCCAAAAAUAUCCUCUACAACCCCAGUUAACACUCGAUCAAAUAGAUUCGAUGAAACCCAAUAUGAUGAUGGUUCUUAUAAUGCUAAAUAUGAGUAUAAUAACAAUAAUAAUGGAGGGGAAGAUGAAUUUCUAAAAACUGCUCAUAGUCAGAACAUUGCUAGCAGCAGAAACGAAUUAGCUAGAGCCCAGAAGCAACAACAGCAACAAUCAACCACCCAAAAGCCUUCAACGGCUUACAGUCCAAUACAAAAUUAUCCAUCUUCAACUUCAACAAGAAAUUCUCAAGUCACCCAAAGGCCAGUAGCUGAGACCAAACCUUCCGCUGCUUCAACUAAAAAAGUUAAAAGCGUGAGCUACGAUUAUGCUUACUACGAUAGUAUAGGAUCAGAACCCGAUUAUCAAAUUGAUACUGAAGUUAAAAAGACAUCAGCAAAGAAUUAAGCUUAAGUUUUAGAUUAAAUUAUUUAUAGUUAGUUAUUCGCUAAGUCUGUUUAUAUUAAGAAACAUUUUUGAUACCAACAGUAUUUGAUGAACUUAAGGUCCAGCAUAUAAUAAAUUUGUCAAAUUAAGAAUGUACAUAAUGAUUUUUUUUUAUUUUAAUAAAAUACUGUUAUUAAAAUUUUGUUUA